GAAAGGGAUAGACAGGAGUUACAGAGAACGGUAACGAUACAAGCAAAAUUAAAAAAUAAAUAAAUAAAAAUAACGAGGAGAUAAACCAGUGCUCUAAGGGAAACAUAGGGAAAUAUAGUUUGGAUAACGUGAUUACAUAAAAUUAAGGAAUGGCUUGUCUUAUGGCAGCCUUUUCAGUUAACAAUACAGUUGUCACCAACUCCAUCAUUAUGAAUACAAAUGGCCCUCCUGACCUCAUGCUUGACCCCAAGACUGUGUGUGUGUCCAUUGAUGAGGCGGUGUCCAACGGCGCUGGUGCACAACAGACACCAUUACUACAAGGGCAUCUCAAGAAAGUUGAGAACAGCCUAACUGAAGCACAAAGAUUUUCCUACUUACCUCGGCGGCCAGCAGUCAAUAUUGAAUUCAAAGAUCUCUCCUACUCUGUCCCUGAGGGAGUAUGGUGGAGAAAAAAAGGUUACAAGACCCUGCUGAAAGGGAUCUCUGGGAACUUCAGCAGCGGAGGUCUGGUGGCCAUCAUGGGUCCCUCAGGGGCUGGAAAGUCAACUCUCAUGAAUAUCUUAGCAGGAUACAGAGAGACGGGAAUGAAAGGGGAGAUUCUGAUCAAUGGACAGCCUCGUGAUCUCCGUUCCUUCCGGAAGGUCUCGUGUUACAUCAUGCAGGAUGACAUGCUCCUCCCACACCUGACAGUGCAGGAAGCCAUGAUGGUAUCCGCUAACCUCAAGCUUCAGGAAAAAGACGAGGGCAGGAGAGAGAUGGUGAGGGAGAUCCUGACUGCCCUGGGACUUCUGGAGUGUGCCAAGACACGCACAUCCAACCUUUCAGGGGGGCAGAGGAAGCGGCUGGCCAUUGCGCUGGAGCUGGUCAACAACCCCCCUGUCAUGUUCUUUGACGAGCCCACCAGCGGUCUGGACAGCUCAUCCUGCUUCCAGGUGGUCUCCCUAAUGAAGGCGCUGGCUCAGGGCGGGAGGACCAUCAUUUGCACCAUCCACCAGCCCAGUGCCAAGCUCUUCGAGCUCUUUGACAAGCUCUACGUCCUGAGCCAGGGUCAGUGCAUCUAUCGGGGGAAGGUGUCUAAUCUGGUUCCAUACCUUAGGGAGCUUGGGCUCAACUGCCCAACGUACCACAACCCAGCAGACUUUGUGAUGGAGGUGGCCGCAGGGGAGUACGGGGACCAGACUGCCAGGCUGGUGAAGGCACUGCAGGAGAGGAAAUGUGAGAAGGACUAUAAGAUGGAGGUGCACAAAGACAGCGCACUCAACCCCUUCCUCUGGCAUAAACCCUCAGAGGAGGACUCCUCCUCCACUGAAGGCUGCCACAGUUUUUCUGCCAGUUGUGUGACUCAGUUCUGCAUCCUGUUUAAGAGGACGUUUCUCAGCAUCAUGAGGGAUUCGGUGUUGACUCACCUACGCAUCACCUCUCACAUUGGGAUCGGGCUUCUGAUUGGACUUCUCUAUUUGGGCAUCGGCAAUGAGGCCAAGAAAGUGCUCAGUAAUUCCGGGUUCUUGUUCUUCUCCAUGCUGUUCCUCAUGUUUGCCGCCCUCAUGCCGACCGUGCUGACAUUUCCUCUAGAGAUGGGUGUGUUCCUGAGAGAACAUUUGAACUACUGGUACAGCCUGAAAGCUUACUAUCUAGCAAAAACUAUGGCUGAUGUUCCCUUCCAGAUAGUGUUCCCGGUGGCAUACUGCAGCAUUGUGUACUGGAUGACUUCCCAGCCCUCUGAUCCUGUGCGGUUCAUCCUGUUUCUGGCUCUGGGGACCAUGACUUCACUGGUGGCCCAGUCUCUGGGGCUGCUGAUUGGAGCUGCCUCAACCUCACUACAGGUGGCAACAUUCGUUGGUCCGGUGACUGCCAUCCCCGUCCUGCUGUUCUCUGGCUUCUUUGUCAGUUUUGACACCAUUCCGAAGUACCUCCAGUGGAUGUCUUACAUUUCAUACGUCAGAUACGGCUUUGAGGGUGUCAUCCUCUCCAUCUACGGGCUGAACAGGGAGGACCUCCACUGCGACAAAGACGACACGUGUCACUUCCAGAAAUCAGAGGCUAUUCUCAAGGAGCUGGAUGUGGAGAACGCCAAGCUGUACCUGGACUUCAUCGUGCUGGGAAUUUUCUUUGUCUCCCUCCGACUCAUUGCCUAUUUUGUCCUGCGCUACAAGAUCAGCGCAGAGAGGUAGAAAGGGUGACAGAGCGGGAAGCCAGGGACCAGAGGUGCGGAAGGAUUAUUUCUAGAGGCACUGAACUGAAGCCUAUGAUGGGAAGGUAAAAUAAUUUAUAAGCCCAUAUUUGUGUGUCUGCAGAUGAAUUUGCUUUCCACAGAGGUAAGAAACAAAGGAGAAAAGAAAGCUCUGUGGCUUUUUUUUUUUUUUUGCACUGCUGGAGAAUAGAGACAUCCAAAUGUCCUUGAGAGUUCAAAGCAUUUCCAGUGCAAAAGUGUGACAUUUGUUAAUCUCCCCAUUCCAGCAUGAUCAUAUCCGAGUGUGAAAAAGAGUUACGAUAUGGUAGUCUCAAGAAAACUAUGUCACUCAAGAACUAAGCUUUCUACUGCCAGCCAUGUUGCAAUACAAAUGGAUGGUUUACAGUUGACUCUAGCUAUAUUAAACAUCACUGCCACAAUCUGAGUGCUGGCAGGUAAGAAUGCAUACAUGUUGGGGUCUAAAAGCAGAAAUGCAGUUGAGAGUUACAAUAUGUACACACUCUAUUGAGUGCUGUCCUCAUGUCUAUGUCUUCAUAGUCCAUGUGGGCAUUCUGCCUGUCCUGCUCAAACGAGCAGGUAAAAUGGCAGGACACUGAGUUAAUAAGCUUUGCAGGGACAAGAGCAGGUCUUUCCAUAUGAUUUCAAGGACCAUAUUCAACAAAUCCAUGUUCUUUUAUCCAUUCAAUGGGUCUGUAAUGUGGAGAAAAGUGUGGCAGUUACAACAGGAGCAUAUAGGUGUGAACAAUCACAGUCUAUUUCAUUGUGAGUGUAACAUACCUGCCUCCUUGGGUUCCUGACUCUGGCUGUUGCCACAAUAUUUGGUAAGUAUCAAGUGGAGAACACCUUGGACAGGGUCUCAUUACUAAAAGGAUGCAGGCCGCACUGGCCAGAAGUCACAGUUUGCAGGGAAUGUAUUAGUAACCUUCCUGUGAGGCCACCCAAGAUUUCUUCAGUUUGUGUGUGCUGCAUUGACAAUGUAGAGAAUGUAGAAUAGAGUCCAACUAUAUGACCAGACGGGCCCCUGAAUUGCAAAAUCAAACAAUUUUGUGGUCUGUUUCAUUGUACAUAUCUUAUGGUGUGCAAGGGAAGGUGCUACAUGUAAAAUAGUUUUGUGUUUUGAUUGGGAGGCUCACAGCACACAAACUCAUUGUCAUUUGUUUGUAGAUCUUUUUGGUUUUUCCUCAGUGAGAGUAAUUGUAAGUCAGAAAAAUUUGCGAACAUUAAGAGAGUGGACGAAGUAGAAAAAAAUGCAUCACGUUUUGAGGUCUAAAUGGAAUGAAAAGGGUACUAUUGUCGUGUUUCGCCCUACAUCUGUGCAUUCAUUUCACAUUCAGAAUUGUACGAUAAGCAGUAUUCAGAGGAGCAAAGCACCAGACUGAUCUUUUCGUAGGUCUUAUUUGAUGGUCACAAAAGUACACGUUAAAAAAUUAUUUUUACUUGUGUACAAAUACUGAUCUAUAUUGCCUUUAAUAAACCCUGACUUCCUUCUGUUGUCCUCUGUUUGGGGCAAGAAGUAAAAAUUCACCUAGUCAAAUUCAUGUAAUUCCCCAUAUCAAAAUAUACAAAGCCAUAAUGAUAUUCAC